AUGAAGGGCCUCGGCUGGCUACUGGCUCUCGGCGCAUCGCCGCCGUUGGGUUUCGCAUCUCAUCUCCCGCAGCCACAGACACCGCUCGGGCUGGAAGAUGCCCUUUCCAUCACGGGAAAGAACAAACUUUGCCUCACUUCAGACCUCAUCGCCUUGCACAAGAACCUCACGCAGAUUGAAUCCAUCUCGGGCAAUGAGAAGGAGGUUGGAGAUUGGUUGGCCGCCAGUCUGGAAUCUCAAGGCUAUACCGUGGAGAAACAGUACAUUUCCAAGGAUCCCGAGCGGUUCAAUGUCCUCGCUUGGCCGGGCGAGAAGCGUGAUGCACAGGUAUUGUUGAGUAGUCAUAUCGAUACCGUCCCACCAUUUCUCCCAUACAAAUACACAGACAACGGAAAGAACACCACAAUCUUCGGUCGUGGGUCUGUAGAUGCCAAGGGCAGCGUCGCCACCCAAAUUGUCGCUGUCAACAAUCUUCUCUCCUCUAACAAGAUUUCCCCAGACGAUGUCGCUGUUCUCUACGUGGUCGGAGAGGAGGUUGGAGGGAUUGGAAUGCAAACUGCCAAUGAUCUGAAGCUUUCCCCCAAGACCAUCAUCUUUGGGGAGCCUACCGAGGGCAGACUCGUCUCAGGCCACAAAGGAACCCAGCGAAUCGUCUUGAAAGCCAUUGGGAAGGCUGGCCACAGUGGUUAUCCAUGGCUGGGACGAAGUGCGAAUGAAGUACUCGUCACAGCACUUUCUCCCCUCAUCGGGUUGGGUGAAGAGUUGCCCAAGAGUGAAAAGUACGGAACCACGACGUUCAACAUUGGCAAGAUUGACGGUGGUGUCGCGGGCAAUGUCAUCGCCGAGUCCGCUACGGCGGACAUUCAAGUGAGAAUCGCAGAAGGCAAUCCUAGGAUGAUCAAGAAGGCUGUCACAAAGGCUGUGAAUCAUGCUAUCAAGGACUUCCUGGAAGAUGGGAAACUGAAGCCUCAGCAGGUGCUAGAGUUGGAMUUCUCGGGCAGAGGCUACGGACCUGUGGACAUCGAUCAUGAUGUUCCUGGUUUUGACGUCUUUACUGUAAAUUACGGGACCGACAUUCCAUGGCUGAAGAAGUUGGAUGGACAGAAGAGGUAUCUUUAUGGGCCUGGCACCAUCUUUGUGGCGCAUUCGGCGAAUGAGGAGAUCUUGGAGAGUGAUCUUUUUGAUGCUGUGAAGGGGUAUGAGAAGAUCAUCCUUCAUGCGCUUGGGAAGGGAGAGUAA